AAGUACAGCUGAAAUCGGGUAAGCGAUGAGUAUUACGGUGCUCUGUGACGACUGUAGACAGAAGCUGCAUCUAUCGAACCGUGCCGCCCUUCUCGACCUGUCAGGGCUCGAUCGCAAUCGGGAGUUGGGCUCGGCUCAAGACGACCGAGGAGAGCAUCGCGGUGCAUGCAAAGCAUGGCAGCAGAGGACGUGACAGGGUCGGGGUUCGGGGUUCGGGAAGGGGUGGGCAGUUUUCCCUUGUCCUGACAAUGAGUCAAAGGGAUCUUGGACCUCGGCUGUUCGGCCGUGAAGAUAGCUAUUUUGUCAAUCGAGUUAGUCCCGUGUGGGCACCUUGACCGAGCACGAGACAGCGAGAUGGAGGGGGAAUUUGGGUGGACAUUUUGGAAGAAUUUGCCACCGUUGGAUGGGACGGGGUGUGAUUGCCCAGGAGAUGAUGGGAUUCGGAGAGAGCUGGUUUACUACUUCGGACCAAAAUUCAGACAGAUCAGGGCUACCGGACAAAGAAUUCGAUCACAGCUUGAGAAUCUGCCGAAGAUCGCAUCGAUUCGAGGAGAUGGUGAUUACAAAGCGCAUCAGUUAUUCUCAGGCUUGUGACAAGUGGGAGGUGAUAAGCGCCAGCUCACCGGGCGGUCCGAUGUUCUUCGUCAUUGCUAUUACAUUCGGCGUAGUCCCUAGGAAUACGAGGAAGUAUGAAGGGCGCCAGUUUUUUACAGCGAUGGGCAUUCUCGAAGAUGUUCUUGAGCUGACUGGAGUGGCGCCGUUGACAUAAUUGGACAACGAUGCCUUUCUUCUUCGUUCGCGAGGCAAUGUGCUGUCCACCAAGGAGCGGUGAGAGAGACGAAGAAAGAGCCGGCACAGAGAGUUGGGGAUCGGUGGUGACGGGCUGCCAAACAAAUUGUGCUAGAUCGAGGUGGUUUGCUCUGCGUAGGAAGUGGAGAGUUCGGAGAAGUCGCUCGUCAUUGCAUCAACUCCCUUUUCCGUGCAUCAGUUUUACUCACCCAGAUCAAGCGAUGAUAUUCGUCGUUGCUUCCUCUUCUUCUGUGUUCACCCCGGUCUCUGCCUUGGCCUCAGAGGUGUCGGCCUCAUCACCUCCCGAGAUUGUGUCCGUCAAGGCCCUUUCGCAGGCAAGCCGAGUCCCUCUCUUGCUCGCAGUUGAAAGGUGCCAGAUUGGGGAGUGUGUUCGAAAGUGCCUAAACUAAAGGACAUCCCGUGAUCCACUUUGAGCAAGGAGUAGUCACCAGGGAGAACAACAACAUGCCAGGUUACUGCCAAGAUGGGCAUUACUGGACCAUGGGGAAGCUGCCCAUGUUCGGAUGCAAAGACUCUGGCACAGUCUUAAGCGAGAUUGAAGCUUGCAAGGCGGUUUACAGUAGACAUUGUUUCCUUCGGUUCUUAGGAUUGGACAGCAUCAAGCAGAUUCAGUGCUCUGCGUUCAUCGUCCACAAGCGCACAGGGCCAUAAGCAGGCGAUUUGUCGACUCUCCUCCACUUUUGAGAAAGCAGCGAUCACCAUUGGGAAAGCUUGAAAGGUGCACCUUGAAUGUGAUUGUCGAAAACGCUGCGCUUCUCGUGAGUGUAAGUUUCCGUAUCGAUCCAUCAGCGAUAAGAACUACAUUUGUUGUCAAUGCCGAGAGAUGUUGUUUUAAAGUUGACACCACAGUGCAGCGUCCAUGUUACAGAAGUUGUAGAGUCCAUGUGUCCCUUCCGUCUUCAGCAAGCAGGUGGUCACAUUUGGGCGAUUCACUAAUGAACAAUGUCGCUGUGUGAGAGCAACACACGACUGUCACGCACAAUGUUGUCUUUGAAUGUCUACUUGUAUCCGAACAUUGCCCAUCAUUAUCUACCACCACCAAUCGUUGG